AUGACAGAACUAUUAGAAUCAAUACAAAAGGAAAUCGAAGGGUUUUCUCUGCCAGACAAACCAUCAGAACCUUUAAUAAAGCAAUGUUUAAUAGACACCCAUGACUUUAAAACACAACUGAAAAAAUUAAAAGCACAUUUGAAUAAAAAUAUCCAAGAUUAUGACAAAAUUAAUAAAGAUUCUUCUACUUCAAAAGACUCAAAAGAUAUCCAGAUUGAAAAGUUAUUGAAAAAAAGAUUAAUUAUUUCAGAUAAGCUAGUCAAAUCACAAAAGCAAUGGGAUCAUUCAAAUAAAAAAAAUACAAAGGCAAUUCAUCAACAAAAUAGUAGAUUUAAGAAAAAUGUGAUUCAUAAGUUGUAUUCCGAUUUUAAAUUAGAUGAUAUAAGUUUAGAGACUUUUUACAACAUAAAUACUGGUAAAAGUAAUAAAAAAAGUCAUUUAGGUGAUUCCUCUAUAGAUAACGAAAUUAAAAAUAUUGAUGAUGACGAUUAUUCUAAUGGCAUUAGAAAUGGAAAUAUUAAAAACCGAAUGGAUUUAAUUGAAAUUAAAAGCCAUGUUAAUAGUGCAAUUGAUUUCCAUAUUUCAAGAUAUAUCAUUGAAAAUCUUCCAAUAGAUAUUAAUUUAAAUGAUACAAAUUCAAUGACAAAUUAUUUAAAAAAUACUUAUAAUAUCGAUGAAAAUACAUCUUCACAAUUCUUUCAAAUGGGGAAAUUGAUUCAUGAUAUGAAAAAUACCAAUUUUGAUUCAUGUAUUAAUUGGGCAAAGCCAAAUUCAAAUUUACAUUUUGAAUUAUACUUGUUAAAAUUUUUAAAUUUAGCAAAAGACUCAAAUCCUAACUCACCAACUCCAAUUGUUGAAAUUAUUAAUUUUCUACAAAAUGGGUUUGGCCAAGAUUCUUUAGUUUUAAAAUUUAAUCAAAUUUUAUUGAAAAUUUCCCCAUUAUUAACACAACUGUUAUUAAAUGAAAACAAUAAAAAUAAUGCAGAUCUUGUUGAAGAUACUCCAGUUGAAGAAAACUCAUCAAAAUCUACUUAUAUUAAUAAAGAUGAAAAAUUAAUGAAAAAAGCAAUACUAGUAACAAAUAACGUGAUCAAUAAACAAUUACAAAAGUGUGUAUCAUUAUUCACCAAAGAAUAUUGCCAAAGGAAUAAGCUAUCAUUUGAUUCUCCAUUAUUUUUAAUUACUUUAAGCGGCAUUAUUUCAUUUAGUGAUUUCAUUAGAUGCAAAUUGAUUAAAUCUGUUAAAAAUGUAGGUUGGUCAACAACUGAUGAAUUACCAUUUAAUGUUGAUUUACCAGAUAUGCUAUCUCAUUUCCAUCCAAUAUUCAUAUGCCCUGUUCAAAAAGAGGAAACUACAAGGGAAAACCCGCCUUAUUCAUUACCAUGCCACCAUGUCAUCUGUAAGAAAGCGUUGGAUAGAUUAACCAAGAAUACGUCAAAUACUACAUUUAGGUGUCCUUAUUGCCCAGCUACAGCAUCAUUGUCAAGGGUUCAAAAAGUGAGAUUUAUAAUGCUAUAA